AUGGCGACAACGGAGAAGACCGAGCUCAGCAAAGAUGCUCGAACCAACCCCCGCGGUAUCCCAUACGCUCCCUUCGUCGACCGAGUUGAAGACUAUGUUUCAACUCGCGCAGAGGUCGAGCCCGCGCUGAAGAGUUUUCAAGAGAUGAUCUCAAAAUAUCAGUUCAUGGAAGCCAACAAUCAACGACGAGCACGCGGCCUUCGUGACAAGAUCCCGGAUAUUCAAAAGACACUGGACACUGUACGAUUCUUACAGAAACGCGAGCCCGACGCCGACCCGCUCGAGGCUACUUUCGAGCUCAACGAUACCCUCUACGCCAAAGCCAACAUACCCGCCAACACGGAAGAAGUCUACCUAUGGCUUGGGGCCAACGUCAUGCUCGCAUACCCCUUAUCCGAAGCGGAGACAUUGCUGCGGUCGAAGCUCGAAGCCGCUCAGGCGAGUCUCGCGAACUGCGACGAGGAUUUAGAUUUCUUGAGGGAGCAGAUCACGACUCUCGAAGUGGCUACUGCGCGGCUCUACAACUGGGAUGUGGGGCAGAGGCGCAAGGAGAAAUCGGCAGGUGGGGAGGGCGAUGAAUGA